AAUAUGGAUAGCAUAAGAGAAAGACUUUUACAAUUAGACUAACAAGCUUAACAAUUUUAGCAAUAAAAUAAAUAUUUAGAAGCAUUGAAUGUCUUUGAGGAAAUGCUGAUGAUAAAAAAAUCAGCUUAUGGAGAGGACUCUGAAGAAUAUUUUAAAACAAGUGAUAAAUUGUGUGAAUUAUGUAACUUAAUCGCUAUGAUUUUCUUAUAAAAAGAAAAAUUUGAUGCAUCAUUAGAAUUUUUAAAGAAGGCAGAUAUGUUAGCACAAUCUAGUACUAGAUAUAAGUAUUGAUGUGUUAUAUAAUUCUUUUUAUUAGAGCAAUCACAUACAAUAAUUUAGCUUGUUUUUACAGAAGGAAUGGGAAAUUAAGAAGUGCUUUAUAAUAUUUACAAUAAGCAUUGGAAAUAGAAAUUCGAUAAGAAACAGCCCCAUCUUUGGCUGAUACUCAUUUAAAUAUGUGUGCUGUAUUAUCUUAAUUAAAUAGAGUAAGGAAUGUUAUAUAAUAGCACGCUGAAGCAUUGGAACAUGCAUUAAUAUCAGUAGUAUUACUUUAAGAUGAAUUUUUAAUGAAACCACCUGAUUAAAAAAUGGAACAAAGUUAAAAUUAAGAUUAAAAAUCUGGUGAAUAAAAAAUGAAAGAUAGAGUAGCUGUCUUAGCAAUUGCUUAUCAUAAUUUAGGAGUUGAAUUUGAAUAUUUAAAGAGAUUUGAUGAGGCUAUUUAAACAUAUUAAAAGGCUGUUAGAUUUGGUGAAUUUCAUUUACCACCUGAUCAUUAAUUAGUAAAAAUAAAUUGUAUUGAUUUUAGAUUGGAAACUUAAAGAAUGUUUUAGGAAAUGCUUAAGAAUAGAUUAAUCAAUAAAGAGCAAAAGAUACUAAUAAAAGAUAAUAGAAAGAAUUAUAAAGUAGAAAUCAAAACAAAAGAAAAUUAGUAGAAGUUGAGGCAACAUACAAAUAAAAUAAUAAAAAAAAAAUUGAAAAAACUGUUAAUCAUUAGUAGUAAUAACAAGUAAUGGGAUAAACGAUACGCUCCAAUCCAUAAAAUAAUAGUGUUAAUAUUAGAGAAGAUGAUUAAGAAUAAUAAGGUGGUCAAUAGGAAUCCAGUUAUAAUGAGCAUGAAGAUUUACAAUAGGAAGCUUAAUUAUAAUUAUAACAGCAAUAAUAAUUAUGA